GGUCAGCGGGAGCGACAACACGACCCGGAGACGAUAGUGUCUUCAGGUGUGCCGGGGGUGGAACAUGAGAACUCAUCUGAGUGCAGGAUGAAAGAGUGGUGGAUCCAAGUUGCACUUCUUGCUGCACCGCUGAUAGCUGUCUACCUUCAUCUUCCUCCCCCUAUUCUCUCUCCAUCUCUUUAUUCAUGGAGGACAGCUGGAGCAUUCUUCACCUUCAAAGACUAUCGCAUAUUUUACAGAGAUUCCAUGGGUGCUUUUGGCAGUUCUGAUAUGGUGAUACUUUUGCAUGGCUUCCCAACAUCAAGCUAUGAUUGGCAUAAGAUCUGGGAAGGCUUGACGUUGAGGUUUAAUCGUGUUAUCGCAGUAGAUUUUCUUGGCUUUGGAUUCAGCGAUAAACCUAGGCUGCACAGAUACUCCAUCUUUGAGCAGGCAGAUAUUGUCCAGGAACUAAUGGUAGAACUGGGCCUAGCUCAACAGAAGAUCAAUAUCCUGGCUCAUGAUUAUGGAGACACUGUUGCGCUGGAGCUGCUGUACAGGUCUGAACAUGGUAAUCCUGGACAUCUGAUUAUUAACAGCCUGUGUUUGUCAAAUGGAGGAAUUUUUCCAGAGACAAACCAUCCACGAUUUCUCCAGAAGUUACUCAAAAACAGUGGUUGCCUUUCACCAAUUUUCACCAGACUUAUGAACUACUAUUUUUUCUCAAAAGGGAUCAGUGCAGUGUUUGGACCCCACACACAGCCAACAACUGCAGAGUAUUGGGACAUGUGGACUGCUGUUCGGAUCAAUGAUGGAAAUCUCGUAAUGGACAGUAUUUUGCAGUUCAUCAAUCAAAGGUGGAAGUACAGAGAUCGAUGGGUAGGAGCCUUGAUUUCUACUACUGUUCCAUUGCAUUUAAUCUAUGGACCGUUGGAUUCUGUGAACCCUCAUCCUGAAUUUCUGAAUCUUUAUCAGAAGUUGGUACCGAAAUCAACAGUGUCAAUCCUUGAUGACCAUAUCAGCCAUUACCCUCAGCUUGAAGACCCUGUGGGCUUUGAACAAGCUUACACUAACUUCAUCAACUCCUUCUGAACUUUAAGUUACAACUCUGGAGCUUGACCAGUGAAUGUUCACCAGCUUCUUCUGCAAUAUGGGAAUUGUGGUACCAAGCAAUAGGCCAACAAGGUUACAGAUAUUUUAAACCAAUACACCUCACAAAUAACAACAGUUGUAUUACAUUUGCUUUGCUGAAAGGUUACUUUGCAGUUGUCACCUGUGAGCAGAUGGGGUCUGUUGGAUGAAUCUAAAUGGAAAGACUGUCCAUUCUGGAUGGGUAAUCUGGGGUGGGGGAGGGGGGAAACAUUGACAAAGCUUGGAACUACACAGCAGAUAAAGUCAGUAUUUUGGGUGGUACUUUCUUACCUGAAGUGUAAACUUUUCAUCUUUCAAAUGCUGGUUGAGCUACUAUUAAUUUUCUUUUGCUUCAGGGUUUAGCUUCCUGUGAUACAGAGAUUAAUGUUUCACUGCAUGAGUGUGUGAUCGUUCAGCAUGGGAAUUUCUUGAUGGUAAAGUCCAUUUGCUGGGCACUUUUGAUCAAUUAUAAGUCACCCCCCCCCCCCCCCCCCCCCCCCACCUUACAGAUUAUCCAUGGGGCAAAUAGAACAUGUACGAAUUAAGAGAUUUUUUGGGCAGGUCAGAUUAUAGUGAUUUCUUCUGAUUUCUCAAAGUCUGAAGAAUUUGACAGAACAAAUAUAAAAGAUUAUGAUAAUCACUAAUAAUAACCAGUAAAAAUUCAGGAAAAACUGCUUUACCAAUUGAGGAUUGCAGUCAGUGGAGUCAUCCAUUUUAUGCAUUCGUGUACAAAAACUUAGUGCCAGGAGGACAGUCUGUGUUAUUUCCUAAGUUUCAUCUAUUGUCCAAUUACAUUUUGCCUCCUUAUAAUUUGUGAUGGCCUAAUUUGACUAAGUUAAAUUCAUGUCACCCAGACUUGAUAACCUAUAUCCCAAGAUUUUGGAACAGGUGGCUUUGGAAAUGGUGAUGCACUGGUUAUCAGAUUCAACAACAGUUCCCACAGAUUGGAACUCCACUACUGAAGAAAGGAGGGAUAGAGAAAGUGUGCAACUGCAGACCAGUUAGCUCGAUACCAGUAGAUGAAAAAAUGCUAGGAUCUGUUAUAAAAUAGAAAAUAUUGUGUGGCACCAAGGUGGUGCAGCUGUCUCAUAGCUCCAAUGACCCAGGCUUGUUUCUGACCUUCGGUGCUGUCUGCGUGGAGUUUUCACAUUCUCCCUGUAACCAUUUGGUUUUCUCCUGGGUGGUGCAAUUUCCUCCCACAAAAUGUGUUAGUUGGUAAGUUAAUUGGCCACUGUAAAUCACCCCUAGUGUAGGAUGGUUGAAUUGAUGGGGAGAAGACUACUGGGAAAUUUGGUGAGGGAGUGGUGCUGGUGUAAACCUAUGGGCUGAAUGGCUCCCAUGUCACGGGGAAGUAUGACUGAAAAGUUUAGGCAGAAUCAACAUGGGACUUACGAAAGGAAAUCACAUUUGACAUCUGGGUUUUUUUGAGGAUGAAGGCAAAUCAGGAGAUGUGAUGCAAUUGGACUUUCAUAAUGUCUUUGCUAAAGCAAAUGGCAUUAGGGUUAAUAGAGUGGCAUGGAUUGGGUUAUUGGUUAAUGAAUGGUAAACUGCCACUUUUGGGUUGGCAGGCCUGUGGUGUGCCACAGUGAUCAAUUCCCAGAUGGUUGUCUCUGGUUAGGUCUUUCUAAGGAAGGAUGUGAUUGCAAUAGAGCGAGUACAGGGAAGGUCCACCAGAUUGAUUCCUGUGUGGGUGGGGCUGGGGUGGAUUGUCAUUUCAAGCAGAGUAAGCAGACUGAGCUUCUACUCUGGAAGAAUGAGGUGAUCUCAUUGAAACAUACAGAACUUUAACGGCAGAUACAGGGAUGAUGUUUCCUUUAGAACUAGGGAGAGUGAUCAUUCAGGACAGAAAUGAGAAGAAUUUUCUCUACCCAACAGGAGAAAGUAAAGGGAGUUAGUGAAGGAAAGUGAGGGAGAUAAAAGAUCAGUCACAAUAUUGUUGAACAGCAAACCAAGCAUGAAGGAUUGACUGGGCUGAUCCUGUUACUAGUUAUGAGUAGAAAAUUGACUGAUAGAAUUUGGGUCUUUAUUUAGAAAUGGUAUACAAUGGUUGUGGUGGAGAGGGUUGGGGGAGGAGAUCCAGAAUAAGGGAAUUAGGACAAUGUCAGGAAGUAGCUUUUCAACAAAGCAUAGUGGACAUUUGGAACAGGUUCCCCAAAAAAGCUGGCAUGUCUGGCAGUUAACUGAAAAUAUCAAUCUGAAGUUCUUAGAGGUUUUUCACAUAUGGGUUGCCUCUCCUGCCUUGGGUUCAUCAUAAGGUUGAGAAACAGGUCAUGGUCUGCCUGAAUAGUGGAACUGGCUGUUGGUUGAAAGUUGUCUUUGUUCUUCUAUGUAAUUAUUAAUUCAUACUUUAUCAGUAAAAUUUGAAUUAAUAUGCCAAGCAGUUAAAAUUGAGAGUAAUCUUUUGUUACAGAGCUAAAUUAUCUAGAUGGAAGUGCUUUAUAAUGAUGAUUAUGGUCAGGUUUUUAAAUGUUUAUUAAAAAUAAGUCCCAUUAACUGAUUCAAACUCUUACUUUGGUAAGAGUCUUAUUUUCAUUCUUAUUGGCUUCAUAACUGCAAAUUAAGUAUCAAAAAUUGGGCUAAGACAUUAUAAAUUUCCAAAAUGUAAAGCUGCUUAAUCAGCCACUGACUUAGGAAGGUAGGUCAAAACUUCAGGAUGCUGAAAGGAUCCCACCUAAAACAUUAACCUAUCUUUUAAAUGUCAACCAAACGUGUGCAUGUCUAAUUCUGAUUAAUCUGAUGAGACUCUUGGACAUUUAAAAAUAUGCAGAAUAAAAAAACAGCAUUUAAUACCAUUACUCUUAAGGAUGUAUUUGAAUGAGAGUAGCAUGUAAUUGAUCAUGGUUUGGUAAAUCCAUCUUCCUUCUAAGUGUACCUCACACAAAUUCCCAGGAAUUGAAAACUGAAAAUCCUUACCUCCCUCAAUCUGGUAAGUUCUUUACCAAUUUCAGUGCAAGAUCUUUGCUCUUUGUGGAGGUUAAAGUAAGGGAAGUGAAGCAUUCAUUUCCUCAUUUCUGGUUUUCAAAAGAUCUUUUACGGUCAUGUGGCUGGAUGGCGUACAUUUUGUAGUUCUGCUCAAUUUUCCCAGUCAACUGUAUUGUACAGCAGUGAAAUUUCACUUCCCAUUUGUCAAAGGAAUAUUGUGCAGAUAUGAUUUUUCAGUACUAAACUGUGUAUUGUGCUAUCUAGAUGGAUUUCUUACUUGGCCCAGCUGCAUUGCAAAGAUGUACACAUUGAACAAUAUUAUCCAUUAAUACAGUAAAACUCUGUUAAUCCAGCAUGCUCGUGACUUUGGUGGUGCCAGACCAGCAAAUUUUCCAGACUACUAGGAACCAGGACCACAGUGAGUUUAAAGGGAGCAGGGGAACCAGGGCAUGAAAAAGGAUCACAGAAAAUCGGUACCUGGAGAACUAGAUGGCAAACCGUUGCGGUUUCUAUUCGAUAGUCGAUUAUUGGAGUUUUACUGUAUUUCAUUUAAACUAUAAUGAAAGUGACUGCAGAAAUGUUCUACAUCAUACAAAUAAAGAAUUGUGAUCUUUCCAUUUGGUUAAGUAGAGAGUUUCACAAAAAAGUGUUCUUUAAACUGCGUGGACAGUUUUAUUGUUUCUCAAGGCUUAGCAUUUGACACAAUGUUCAGUCAUUACAACUUUCAAAUAAAACAUUACACUGUUUGUAAUUGAGACAGACCAAGAAAAAAUAUGCAUUUUUCUAGACUUUUCCCAGCCUUUGUUGCAAAAGAGAUUCAACUGGUAGAAAAAUUUAUUCUUGAGAAAAAUCAUCUUUGUUAAUAGGGCUCUAGAAUUUUCAGAUGUUUUAAACUGAACAAAACAAUCCAAAAAUAAAGUUUCAACAAUGUUGCUGUUCAA